AACUAUAACCGUACCACUCUUCUACGAUACACUCGUGUCUACCUCUUAUAUCUAGUCGGGUGCACAAUAUUUGCGGAUUCCACAGAUGGUACAGUUCCUAUAAUCUAUUUACAACAUUUUGAGGAUAUCGAAGUAGCUGGUCAGUAUGCAUGGGCUGCAGCUGCAUUAGCAUUUUUUUUUCGAGCCUUGUCAAAAGUUGUUUAUACUGAUCAUCAACACCUAAGUAGAACAACCACUCUUUUGCUGUGUUGGGCGUAUGAGCAUUUCAAAUUGUUGUGCCCAAUUUCAAAAGAAAUAUGGGUUGGGCUACCUAGAUCCCUUAGGUGGACCCCUUUUAGAGAAUGGAAUAACACUCGCAACUUCGGUUUCAUGGGGCGACAAGAGCUUGAUAAUGCACGGAUAAAUGAUGUCAUAUGGACCCCAUACGAUGAUUAUCCUGACAUAGGAGAUGAAACUGCAGAGGACAGAGAGUAUGGGCUUCAUGUCUUUGAGACUGCUUUGUAUCGCACAUACCUCAUAGAUGGACACAUCUGUGAGGGGUAUAUGUCAGAUUAUGUGCUCCAGCAAUUUAGACUUCACCAUGGGAUAUCGGCAGAUCUCUUGCAGUGGGAGAGGAGGGAGAAAAGGGAGAGAAGGGAGAAGAAAUAUGACAAUUGGGGAUAUGAGCUUAGAUAUGAAAUCGAUAUGUGGAUGAACCACUUAGAUUAUUUUUGUCAGGCAGAUAAAGAUAUGUGCACUGGGAAGCUGACACAAUAAUACAUCGAGUGGUACAAAUUAAGGACCAGCCCUUGAUCUAUAAUCCAUUUAAAAAACGUCCCUUCAAAUAUGCACCUCGAGGUUAUAAUGAUGAAGAUAGAAUGAUAAUAAUUUACUUUCAUAUUUCAUAUAAUUUGAUGCAAUUUAAAAGUCUCAAUAAUCUAAUUUUAUAUUUGAUAUGACUUGAUGCAACCUAGGGACAUCAGCCAUGGAAUUGAACUUCUACGUGAAUGUUGGAAUUCAAGAAAUUGGGACCUAGCUGAGGAAGCAUUACAGAUACUUAAAAUAUAUGACCUAGAAGUUAUAGGGAAAGAAGCAUCUAAAGAGUUAGAGUUAGAUAAUGAGAUGGAUGACAACGUGUCAGUAUGACAUCCUUCUCGACUAGAUGAGGGUCAAGUAAUACAUAACUCAUCCCCACUCCGUUUCAACCAGAAGAGCCCAAAUGGCAGUUGUGUCCUCGUAUUGCAAGAAGGGAGGAGAGCAGCUCACAGUAUCAGAGCAGCUUUAAUACAAAGAACCUGAUUCCACAGUGGGCUGAGAAGCUGCCAAUACGACGAAAGCGUUUAUGAUGUGUACUUAGCUAGAUGCUUGGUUGAAUGCAUGGUUGUAAAUAAGCCAGUAGUGCUUAAACUGUAUAAGCGGUCAUUAGUGCCUAUAUUGUUUUAUGUACAUGGCUUUGUAUGUGACUUGCUUUGUAUGUCAAUUGGUUUGUAUGUGAAUUGCUUUGUAUGUCAAUUGGUUUGUAUGUGAA